GGGACGAUUAUUUUUAAAAGCCAUAUUUAAUUUUGGAGGUUUCUUAUUUACUAAAUUAUCAGUACCAGGUUCAUCACGAGAAAUCGAAGAAAUCGGUCCACUUUUUGAUUUUUUCAUUAAAGUAUUUGAUUGAACACUACUUUUAGUUCUAUUUGAAGAAGUAGGACCACUAAUUGAUUUUUUUCUUUCAAUGUUACGAGAUACAUCUCUUGAUAAGAUUGGAGAUUUUGGUUUAUUAUUAUUAUUGCUUGAUAAAUUUGAGGUAACUAUAUUAUUAGGUGAAUUAUUCUUCUUGAUUUUAUUUGAAGUAGAUUUUGGACGAGAUGAUUUAUUGGUUGGAGUAUCACGUCCGACAAUAUUUUUAUUUGAUUCCAUGGUUUUUAUUAAUUAUCAGAUGAAUUAUUCAAAGUUGAAAAAAUUUGAUGUAUAUUCUUUCUUUCAGUUGAAAGUAUUAUUAUUUACAAAAAGUGAUCUUUGAGAAAUCAAAUUUUAUUUUUUUAUUCUCGAGGA